AUGCCUGCCGACAAGAUCCGAGUGUCGAGUGAUUCCCGCAUUGAGUACAAGACCGCUACACUCAACGGCCAUAACUACUCUUACAUUCUCAGCCAGCCCAAGUCAGGGCAAUACAAAGCCACUGUUUUCCUGAUCCAUGGCUUCCCGGAUCUCUCAAUGGGAUGGCGGUACCAGAUUCCCAUGCUUGUAGACAUGGGAUUCCGGGUGGUAGCUCCCGACUGCCUCGGAUACGGACGAACAGACGCCCCGGACGACUUCACCCCGGGCGCAGCACUCGCCUACCGCAUUGCCCUCUGGCAUCCGGAGCUAGUAAGCCACCUAUUCACAGUUUGUGUGCCUUAUGCACGGCCCAUGGCCCAGAAUAUCUCUAUCGAAGAUCUUGUCCGUAGCGUGACACCGCACUUUGCAUACCAGCUGCAGUUCAAGAGCGGGGAAGUAGAGAAAGUUAUCCGGUCUAAGGACGAGAUUCGCCAGUUUUUGCUUGCGCUUUAUGGGGGUCGCACUGAGGCAGGCGAGUUUGGGUUUGAUGCCAAUAAGGGUGUUUUGCUUGAUAAGAUUGGCCAGUUGAAGCCGUCGAGGUUGUUGAGCGAGGAGGAGUUGGAGUUUUAUACGAAUGAGUUUGCUCGCAGUGGGAUUCAUGGACCGCUUAACUGGUACCGCACUCGCGACGUGAACUAUGAAGAUGAGCUUGCUAUUCUCGACAGGGAGAUUCAGAUUCCUACACUGUUUAUCCAGGGACUGAGGGAUCAGGCUUUGCCGCCUCAUUUGGGCAAAUCCAUGGCGAAACAGGUCCCGCGACUUACCCUGAAGCAGGUUAAUACUUCGCACUGGGCUCUGUGGGAGAAGCCUGAGGAAGUGAAUGAGAUUAUUGGGACUUGGCUGAAGGACCAGUCUUCUGCCAAUGGAAGGGCUGGCAAGCUCUGA